GCGUCCUCGUCCCCGCCCCGGACCGGAGUGCCGUGCCAGGGCGCACGCGCAGACUCAGAGCGCGGGGACCACAACUCCCAGAGUGCUCCGCGUGCUGGCCGCAGCCACCGCCUCCGCCGCGACCAAGAUGGCCGGGAGACUCGCCAGCUUCCUCAAGGAUGCCUGGGCCAAGGAGCCGGUGUUGGUCGCGUCCUUCACCAUCGGGGGCCUCGCUGUAAUUCUGCCCACCGUCAGCCCCUUCACCAAAUACGCCACCAUGAUCAACCAGGCCACGCCCUACAACUAUCCAGUGCCCCUCCGAGAUGAUGGGAACAUGCCCGACGUGCCCAGCCACCCCCAGGACCCCCAGGGCCCAAGCUUGGAGUGGCUGAAGAACUUGUGAGCACCCCCGGUGACAUGGAGGAGGCCCCUCCUCUGAGCCAAUAAAAUGUGAAAAGCGGCCCCAGAA